GCCGACGUGUACUGCUUGCUUAGCACUAACUUUAUACAGUGAGGUAGCAGUAUGUGGAGGGGAACGUGGCCUGCGGGCCUGCCGCGGAACGGGGUGUGCCAGGACCGGCCUCGAAGACAGCGACAGAGGGUGAUGCCAAGGAGCCCAGUCACUGUUCCUCAAGUCUUCCUGAGGUGGUCGAGGAGCGCCUCCUCCACUCCGGGUUCCCUUGCAGCCUCGCAGGAGUCGGACAAGCCUCGGACCGUGAGGGAUCUCCCACAUGUCAGCCUCUUGGAGCUGCUCUAUAGAAUGGUGGUCCAGGGUUUCUACAGCCGCCUGCAUGAGCUCCAGCUGUAUGAAAAGCGACUUUACGGGCCCAUAUACAGAGAUGGACUAAAGACCGUGGCCCUGAACACACCAAAACUGCUGGAGGAACUCCUGAGGAAUGAGGAGAAGUUUCCUCGGCGAGGAGACAUGUCUUUUUGGAAAGACUAUCGGGACAUGAAAGGAUUCGGCUAUGGACCGUUCACAGAGGAGGGGGAGAGUUGGUACAAGCUGAGGACCUUGUUGAACAAGCGCAUGAUGCAUCCAAAAGACUCCGCUCUAUACGGCAGCAUAAUCAAUGCCGUGGUUGCAGACUUCAUCAAGAGGCUUUAUUACGUGCGCCGGUGCAGCCCGACAGGAGAUCUGGUGGGGAAUUUGGCCAAUGAGUUUUACUGUUUUUCACUAGAAGGUAUUUCCACCGUACUGUUUGAGACCCGACUCGGCGCUCUUGAGAAGGAGAUGCCAGCCGGUACCCAACAGUUUAUCAAUUCCAUCGCCAAGAUGUUCUCCAACAGCUUGGCUGUGGUGGUAACGCCCAAGUGGAGCCGGAAUCUACUGCCUUAUUGGGGACGCUACAUCGACGGAUGGGAGGGCAUCUUCAGCUUUGCCAAACCGCUGAUCGACAAGAAGUUGGAGGACAUUCAGUGGCGCCUUGACAAUAAUGAGGACGUGGAGGGAGAGUACUUAACCUACCUGCUGUCAAACACUGACAUGAGCACCAAAGACGUGUACGGGAGCGUCGCUGAGCUUCUCUUAGCUGGAGUGGACACGACCUCCAACACUCUCACAUGGACUGUUCACCUGCUGUCCAAGUACCCUCAAGUCCAGGAGAAGCUCCAUAGGGAAGUGUGCACGUUGAGCAAAGAAAAUAGGAGCCCUUCUGCUGAGGAGGUGACCCGUAUGCCGUAUUUAAGGGCCGUCGUCAAGGAAGCACUGAGGAUGUAUCCAGUAGUGCCUCUGAACGCAAGGGUCAUUAUGGAAAAGAGUGUUGCUGUUGGUGGUUAUCAGUUUUCCAAAAAUACCACUUUCACAUUGUGUCACUAUGCCAUCAGUCACGAUGAGGAAACAUUCCCAGAGCCGUUCACCUUCAAGCCCGAGAGAUGGCUCCGUGACGGCCGAGAGAGGCCAAACGCCUUCGGCUCCAUCCCAUUCGGUUUUGGAGUGAGAGGCUGUGUUGGUCGAAGAAUUGCUGAGCUGGAGAUGUAUUUGGUUUUAUUUCAGAUAAUCCGGCUGUUUGAAAUCAAACCAGACCCCACAGUGGGAGAGGUGAAAUGUCUCAACCGCACUGUUCUUGUACCAGACAGACCACUAAGUAUAUAUUUGGUGGACAGAUCAUGUGACAAUAAAACAUAAGUAGUCCACCAGCAUAAGUGCAAUUUCUGAUCCUGAUAUUUUUGUUUUGCCUUAUAUUUUGGCCUGGUGUUUUUCUACACUGCUCCUGACACACACAGCACAAUCACUUCAAGAACCUCAUCCUCUUAAUAACCAGUCCACAUUUCUUUAUAUCAGUCCUCAAUAGGACUGUCAAUGACCACUCUCAGUUAUAUUAAUAUGCUAGAAAUUACAGUGGAACCUCCAUUUACACACCCAUCUAUUUGUGAACUUUUCGAUUUACAAACUUUUAGACUGAGCAAGCCAUGUCUCUGUGUGUGAAUGAUUCAUUCAGUCAUUUGCGAGCAGUACAUUAUCGGCGCUCUCAAGUAUAGAAGAAUCACCGAAGCAGGCUUUGUACCACAAGUCUUAUUUUUGAUGAGAUUGGACUUUUCUGAAUUUUUUUUUUUUUGCCAAAGCAGACUUAUUUCACAGGGGAAAAAAAAGCUUUGCGUUCAGCACCGGGAUUUUCCAGGCACCAAUUUGCCCCUCCCGCUGUUUGCUGCUUCCUUUCUUAUCAUCGCCUCCUUGCCGAUGUUAACGUAAGUUGAUUUCACUUUUUUCAAUGUUUGUCAUUGAAGCAAUACGGUUGUUAAAGUUAAGAUAUUUUUGUGAUUUCUGAUCAUUUGUGAGGGCACCAGAGUGCAUUCUAUGUGUGCGCAUGUUGGAAGAGCAGCGCAUACAGCACAGGUGAGCUUGUCGUUCAAACUGGUUAAUAAAGAGAAAAGUUAAUCCAUCAGCC